AUGCCAUGUGUGGUAACAUCUUCACUUCACAGGAAGCAUGACGCUCAACUCAACUAUUAUGGUAAUCGUCUCGCCACAUGUUCUAGCGACCGUACUGUAAAGAUUUUCGAGGUGAAAGCAAACGGCUACGUUCUUCCUAUAGCGGAACUCGCAGGUCAUGCCGGACCUGUAUGGCAGUUGUCAUGGGCUCAUCCAGAUUUCGGUGGAUUGUUGGCAUCAGCUGGAUAUGAUGGGAAAGUCGUUAUUUGGGCAGAAUGCAAUGGGAAAUGGCAGAAGUCAUAUGAAUGGACUGGCCAUGAAGCUAGUGUAAACGCUGUUUCGUUCGCACCCCAUCAACUUGGUCUUCUUCUGGCUACAGCUUCUGCUGAUUCUUCCAUAGGAAUCCUUGAGUUCAAUCCACAAAACGCUCAAUGGGUUGAGUCAAGAGUGUUGAAGGCACAUGAACUAGGGGUAAACGCGGUUUCAUGGAGUCCUCCUCAACGCACGGUUGGAGAUAUGAAAGAUCAACCUUUCCGAAAAUGUUUCGCUUCCUGUGGGAACGACAACCUUAUCAAAAUCUGGACUGUAGAUGAAAAGGGUGGGUGGACAGUUGAGAAGACUUUGGCGGGCCACUCCGACUUUGUUCGAGAUGUUGCUUGGCGUCCAGUAUUUAGUCAUUCCAUGUAUACGAUUGCUAGUUGUGGACAGGACCAAGCCGUAAUACUCUGGAAAUAUAGUAAGAAUGGUGAAUGGACUGCAAAACUCUUGGAGAAGACCAAAGAAGCGUUAUGGCAUGUGAGUUGGUCAAUGUGCGGGAGUAUUUUAUCGGUCAGUGGGGAGGAUAACAAGAUAGUACUAUGGAAGGAAAAUCUACAAGGUCAAUGGCAAAAAAUGGAAGAUCCGAGAAUGACGAGACGAUAA